AAACAAUAAGCGCAGUAUGCUGCGUUCCGAUUUCCUCGGAAAACGUCGCAAUCGCGCAUCACAGAUACUCCCUUCCUUCAAACCGCAGGAUUUUUUUAAAGAAAUUUCCAUUCUCCUUCAAUUCUUCCUCCUCUCCAUCGUACCACAACCCGGCCGAAGCAACCCACCUGCGGCGGUGCAUGCAUAUAUCACCCCACGCUCUAUCCAGGGGUUGAUAUAUACGACGGGCAAUAACUAUUCCUAAAUUAGAUACACGCAGAAACAGAGAAGCCAUAGAAAAUCCAGAAAUUAACGAUGAUGCCGGGUUUCGCCGAUCGGGGAAGUGACAUUGAGGCCGGAGUGAAGCAUGGCGGCGGCGGGUUGUACCCUGGGAUGAUGGAGAACCCGCAGAUGCGUUGGGCGUUCAUUCGCAAGGUGUACGCCAUUGUUUUCACCCAAUUGCUCAUCUGCACGGCCGUAUCCGUCGCCAUGUUCUUCACCCCCGCCGUCAAGACAUUCAUGGCUACCACCAAUGGGUUGAUCGCCCUCAUUGUCUUGGUCGUUCUCACCUUCAUACUUAGCAUAGCAAUGGGAUUCUGCAGCCAGAAACAUCCAUGGAAUUAUGUUCUUUUGGGGCUCUUUACUCUGGCCAUGGCUUUGAUGAUUGGAGUGGUUUGCACAUAUAAAAAAGGAAUGCCUAUCAUGAUAGCUGCUGGUGCGACUGCACUUGUAUUCGUCGCGCUUACGCUGUACACAUUCUGGGCUGCAAAGAGAGGCUCUGAUUUCUCGUUUCUGGCUCCUUUCUUGAUCUGCGCUCUCAUGGUGCUUAUAGUCUUUGGUUUUAUCAGGGUGUUUGUUCAUAUGGGGAGCACUGGACAGUUGAUAUACGGGUGCUUAGGAGCGCUUGUCUUUUCUGGUUUCAUCAUAUAUGAUACAGACAAUUUGAUCAAGCGAUUCAGCUAUGAUGAAUACAUCGCUGCAGCAUCCUCUCUGUUUUUAGAUAUCAUUAACCUCUUUAUGGCCAUUCUUAGUAUCUUGGAGGGCUCUGAGUGAAGUCUCUCACAAAACAAUUAAUGGUUCUGAUUGUAUAACCUCAUUGUUCAUUAUUGUUGGGUGUCCAGCGGUAUCUGUGUUUUCAUGAGUGUUUAAUACGUAGUAUUUCUGGGUGGUUAAAGUUUAACACAAUUAAUUUGUACGGACUAGAAAUGAUGUAUAUGUUCUUAUGAGAAAAAUAAUUUAAUUAUUGGAAAUUUUUACCA